AUGUCCUGCUACGACCUGUGCUCCAUCGGUGCCGGCGGUGUCCUCCGGCCCCAGCCCCUGGCUGACAGCGGGAACGAGCCGUGUGUCCGCCAGUGCCCCGACUCCACCACCGUGAUCCAGCCUCCCGCCGUGGUGGUCACCUUCCCCGGCCCCAUCCUCAGCUCCUUCCCUCAGGAUUCCGUGGUGGGAUCUGCUGGAGCUCCCGUCCUCGCCGCCUCUGGGGCCUCCGGGGCCUUUGGGGGAUUUGGCUCUGGGGGUUAUGGGGGAUUUGGCUCUGGGGGCUAUGGAGGAUUCGGCUAUGGGGGUCUGUGGGGCUAUGGAGGCUCCUCACUGGGCUUUGGGGGUCUGGGGUCCUGUGGGGGCUCCUCCCUGGGUUACCGGGGUCUGUAUGGCUUUGGGAGAUCCUUUGGCUCCUGCGGCUCUCGGUCCUCCCGCUUCGGCCGCUACCGCCGUGGCAGCUGCGGCUCCUGCUAA